AUGGGCCGAAACGCACUUCGUCAAGACGUCGCUCGUGAUGCCCUGUUCCUGAGCAUUGCCAUUGCCUUCAUGUUCUUCACAUCACACAAUCCCCAAACAUGUUCAACUCUUGCGACGAGGCCAACUCAUUCCCAAGACCCGUGUAACCUUCGCUUUGCUUACACUCCUACAUCUCCUCGCCCUCACCUCAAAGGCAUCCACGUGACUUCUACACAGCGCUGGAGAAGGAGACGAACAACACGGGGGUUUCAGUGCCCAAGUCACAAUACCGACAACUGCCUCGAAUGGUCCUCCAAUUCCGGCAUGUUAAAGAGGGGAGGGGUGGCUCACAAUGUAGACGUGGCGGAUGGAUCGUAUGGCUCGGGAGAAAAAGCAAGUCAUGAUUCCACUCCAGAGGAUGAGGACGGAAUCCACACGUCGCUUCGCUGUCACAAGCGUACUAGCCUUCCCGUGUAUAGGACACGGAUGAUGUUCGUCAAUAGUUGCAGAGAGUCAAGCAGGAGAACUUGGAGGUGGAGACAGAGCUGAGAGGUGUUUCAUUGCAUCUCAAGGCGGUUCUUUACUUUGUAAUGUCCCUUUCCUUCCCAGGGAACACCAACGCUGAGCAAAAGGCACGUCUCCUGGAGAAACCCGUCGCAGAGAACGCAGAGAGCCGAGGCAAGAGCAACCUCUUCUGGCUGCAGACCAUAAGGACCUCCGUCACGUGCUGUAGUACCAAGCAAUCGGGCUCCAACGCGCGGAGCAAUUCUCUGGAAAAAAUGACGUCGCUAAAACAGUUGCCCUACUCAGAACGACCUCAAGCGGAU